AUGAUUAUACCAUCAACUGAACAAGGUCAACACUUCGCCAAAUCAGUUUCUUUGGGAUGGCAUAAUUCAUUUUCAAUUACUAUUAUUGCUCAUAAAAAAUUCGAUGAUUUUAUAAGGUUCUUAUCUAUAAAUUAUCAAAAACCAAUGGAAAAAAUUUUUAAUGAAUUCAAAUGAUGGUUAAAAUAAACAAAUCUUAGAAAAUAUGAUGAUGAUUCUAUGUUGUUGAUUCAAUGAAUUAUAGAAUUCAAUUGUUUGAAAGAUUAUAAGGAUUAUAUUUCAUUUAUUUUUAAAAGCUUUUUUUAUUUAUUUUACAUUGAACUUUUUUUCUUCUUCAUCAAUUAAUUAUUUAUUCAUUUUUUUUGUUCUUGAAUAAAUACUUCGAAACAAAUAUUCAUUAAUUCAUAUUUUAACGAUUGCAAAAUCGAUAUUUUGAAAUAAAAACAAGAAAUUUCUCUAUAUAAUGUACUGAAUAUAUAUACAAAAUAACAUAGUGAUAAAUAAGUAGAAAAUAGAAAUUUUGAAUAGAAACGUUAAUCAUCGUGUUAUUUCAAUAAGCGAAAGCUGAAUUAGUAUUUAUAUGUUUAAAAGAAUAACCAACAUUCAGUUUUAUUUAAACAAUACUUCUAACAAUCAAAGAUUAUUUUAUAACAAAUUAUUUCUUUCACAUUUUACAAACAAGAUUUAAUAUAAUUAAUACUUUUUAAAGUUAAUUCGAUUAGUUUUUCGUAACAGUUAAGAAGAUAAACUAUAUAAAGCGUCAUCUGUUAUGUCUUAGAAUUGUAUUUGUAUCCGACGCUUUAUUUCGAAUAACCAAUAAUUUGUCUCUCUUUCAUUUUACUUUUAUUUUAACUAUAUCGUUUGUUGAAAACAAAGAAACUUUUUAUUAAAAAAAUAAAUAAAUAAUUAUUUAAUAAUAUUUCAGAAAAAAUGACUGAUCGGGUACGAAUUUUGAUUAUUGAAUCAUUUACUUCAAUUCUUUAUGUAAUACGUAAAGAAAUAAAAAUAUCCAAGUCAAAUGCUAAAUAUUGGGUGUGA